GAAACCCGGGGGCGCCAUCUCUCGUAAGGUAACUGUUGCCCCUUCGCGCACCCAGGUCUCCGUCACACAAGCCAAGUCGACCCCCUGUGAGAUAAAGAAAUCUCUCAGGGUGGCGGUUUUAUUGCCUAUAGACCUGGCAUUGCACAGCACCAGUGACGGAGCUGAGUAAUCCUUGCUCACCCUACCCUCGUCCCUCGGGAUGGGGCGCAGAUUGGAAGGGGUACAAGCGUGUCCAUAUCUCGAUCCCCUUCGCCUAUAACAUCUGCCCCCACCGCCAUACCUCCCUCGCCCCUCCACGGUAGCAAUCCCAGGCCUCAUAGUAGCCUCCAUUGAUGGCAAUUAAUGUUAUUCUUUCGCAGCCUAAAACAAUAAAACCUUAAAACAAUAAAAACAAAAAACAACCCAGAAAACAAUAAAACAAUACAAAUAAAAACUGCAAAAAUUACAAAUUCAUCAAAAUCUAACAAAUUCCCAAGCCGACCCAAACAUCCAUCCCACCCCCAUAUAUAAAAAAUCAGAAGGGAAAGGAAAAUAUUUAAUAAUAAUAAUUAAAAAAAAACAUGUUAAAAAGAACUCUGCACCCCUCCGGGUCCUCCUGGGCAGUAGCAGCAUCAGUGGCAACAACCAUCCUCGUGAGGCCCCACCCUGGGCCAGAUAGUAAGUGGCAGGAGCAGUCCUUGUGAGGCCUGUCAGGCCCUCCCUGGGCCAGGUGGUAAGUGGCAAGAGCAGGGCCCUCAGGCACUCACCACAGGGGAUUCUUCCUGGGCAGCAGAGCAGUCCUUAUGAGGCUUCAGGCCCCACCCCAGGACAGAUGGUAAGUGGCAAGAGCAGGGCCCUCAGGCACUCACCACAGGGGAGUCUUCCUGGGCCCAGCUUAUGCCCAGCUUAGAUGAUGUACUGGAGAUCAGUAACAGGCUUUUCUAUUUCUUUAAAUUACUCUCAAAUUAUCCAUUGGGGAGCACUGGACAGUGUGGGAAUUGAUCCAGCAGGACUCUGGAAAUUUAUGCCCUUAACUCCCAGCCCAUUAAUGGAAACAUUAUUAUCUUCCCUGCAGAUCCAGUUUGUCCUGUUGAGAGGAGAAUGUCACUCUUUCAUAGAUGUCCUGACAGUAAAAAAAGUUGCAUGGUUUGUAUGUAGGUCAGGAUGGAAAGUGUGUAAAACAUUUUAUGUGUUUUCUGAUUCAAAACCUGCACUCAUAUAUGUUGAAAGAGAUGAGAAUGGCAUUUCUCCAUCUGGAGAAUAGCAGAAACCAGCUGGCAAAAAAUUCCAAUACAGGUUUAAGUUGAUUUUUGUUUGCGUGUGCAUAUGAGGGUGGGGACUGAGAACUUUUAAGAUGGAAUGGUUACUGUUAUGUGUGCGGGCGUGGUUGCUCAAGAGCGAACAGGCAAGACCCCCACUGGUCUUUUCAAGGCUUUCUUACCCGUGCAAAAACAUUCACAGUGUAGAACAUCUCCAUUCCGUGUCUGCUCAGUCACUAGCAGAAUCUGGGAGUGGGUGGUCCUUAAACUUUCCCCAGCAGAGCAGUCUUUUGACCCCCAUCCUACACCUCCCCUCUCUGCGUGUAAACCGACUGCAAAGCCCUUUCCGAACUUCGGAGGAGAGGGGGUUGCGGGCGAUCCCUCCCACACACGCGGGGGCUGGGCUUGCCCCCGCGAGAUCUGGGAAUCCCCGGGCGUGCCUGCUACCCAAUCCGCCAAUCGGCGGGUUGGGGAGGCGUGGCCUAGCCUAUUUAAGGCCAGGCAUGCCCGGGGACCGCCCUCUUUUCCCUUCGCCAGCCUCCCCUCUCUGCGUGUAAACCGACUGCAAAGAGAGGACGUGGGCAAAGGGGGACCUGCCUCCCCCCCGCUUUGCUCAGGCUUGGUGUUGCAGCUCUCUCUAGCAUCCUCCGAACCCUGCAUCCCUUCCCCACUGGAGGCGUGGCUUCCCUCCUCCGCGGAGGAAGAGCUGCUUCUUACGAUCUUCGAUCUUCGGAGGCUCCCUGUAACCCAACUGCCCUUCCACCUCUCGCCUCUGAGCUGAUGGCAGUUCCCUAACAGUUACUUAUCAUUAUUACUCAUUAAAUUUGCAUAUCACAGUUCAUCUGUCAAUCUCAGGGCAGUUCAUAGCAUAAAAAUACAAGACAAAAAUGCAAAUGCAUAAUAAAAGCAAAAGCAAGAACAAACAAAACCAAUAAUCUCUCAUCCCAGCCCUUCCCACAAACACAUUUUAAAGGAUAUAGGUUGUUAGUCAGCCCAAAACCUGGUUGAAGAGGAAUGUUUCUGCCUGGCACCUAAAGAUAUAUAAUGAAGGUGCUGGCCAAACCUCCAUGGGGAGAGCAUUCCACAAAUAGGGAACCGCUGCAGAAAAGACUGUUCCUGUGUUGCUGGACCUCUCAUGGAGGAAGCACACGAAGAAGGGCCUCAGAUGAUGAUCACAGAGUCCAAGUAGGUUCACAUGGGGAGAAGCGGUCCUUGCAGUAUUGCAAUCCUGAGCCAAAUAAUAAUAAUAAUAAUAAUAAUAAUAAUAAUAAUAAUAAUUUAUUUGUACCCCGCCCAUCUGGCUGGGUUUGCCCAGCCACUCUGGGCGGCUUCCAACAAAGAUUAAAAAUACAUAGAAUGUCAGACAAUAAAAACUUCCCUGAACUUCAGAUGCCUUCAGAUGUCUUCUAAAUGUCAGGUAGUUGUUUAUCUCUUUGACAUCUGAUGGGAGGGUGUUCCACAGGGCAGGCGCCACUACCGAGAAGGCCCUCUGCCUGGUUCCCUGUAACUUUGCUUCUCACAGUGUGGGAACUGCCAGAAGGCCCUUGGUGCUGGACCUCAGCAUCUGGGCAGAACGAUAGGGGUGGAGAUGCUCCUUCAGGUAUACAGGGCCGAGGCCAUUUAGGGCUUUAAAGGUCAACACCAACACUUUGAAUUGUGCUUUGUAGGUCUGAACCACCACUUUGCAUCGGGCCUAGAAACUAACUGGCAGCCAGUACAGUCAGACCGGGAUUGGUGUAACAUGCCCAAACUGUCUUGCCCCUGGCCACUAUAUUCAGCACCAGCUGAAGUUUCCGAACCAUCUUCAGAAACAGCCCUAUGUAUAAUGCACUGCAGUAAUCUAACCUAGAGGUUAUCAGAGCAUAGAAAAUGGUAGUUGGGCUAUCUCUGUCCAAGCAGGGACACAGCUGGACCACCAGCCAAAGCUGAUGGAAGGCAAUCUGCACCACUGAGGCCACCUGAACAUCAAGAGAUAGCAAAUGAUAUAGGAGUGCCCCAAGCUACAUACCUGCUUCUUCAGAGGAAGUGUAACUCCAUCAAGAACAGGCAACCUCUCAUCAAUCCAGUCUAUGGAACAGGGUCUCAGUCUUAUCUGAAUUGAGCUUCAGUUUGUUGGCUCUUAUCCAGACCAUUACCGAGGCAAGACAAUGGCCCAGCACAUCCACUGCGACACCUGCAGAAUCCACCCAAUUUGAAUUCUUAAAGCAUCCUUAGGACUUCUUUCUCCACAUCCCAAGCCAAAGCAGAUGAGCACUACUGCAGCUCCUACUUCCAUGAUGUGCACAGCUGCAUGGAUGGGGUUAUCAUAUUGUACCCUCACAGCAACCCUGUGAGGUGGGCUGAUCCUCCAUUAAGAGAAGUGGCUUGCCCAAAGUCAGCUUAAAGAGGGGUUUUAGUGUAGGGUUUUCUGUGACCCUCCAGAUAUUGUUGACCUUCAGCUCCAAGCAGCAUCAGCAGCCAGUAUGACCAAAUGUCAGAGCUGAUGGGAAUUUUAGUUAGGGUUGCUAGUUCAGGAGCAUCCCACACCCUGAGAGUUCAGGACACAAACCUAAGAUUUCGGGGUAUCCUUGUGAUGUCUGGAGACAGAGGUUAAUUGGGAGGGAGGUGUCUUUGUGAUGGUAUAAGGGCAGGCAUUGGAGACAGAGGUUAAUAUCGGAGAGAGGAGCAGAGGACAACAGGACAGGAUGGCUAUGCUAUAAUUUGCAGCCAGCUCCUGACAGGCUGAAGCUUGCAAACUUCACACAUGGUCACAUGUAUAUAUUUAAAGGCACUCUCAUCCUCCUGGAGAUUCAAGCCCUCCACCUGCUAUGAGGAGGGAACCAGCCAAUCAGGGAACCAGAGCUUGCAGGGCAGCAGUUGAAGAAGGAGCAAAAAGGGUUUUCUUGUGUGUGUGUGUGUUUCUUUGUGGCUGAUUAGCUGCUCUCCCUGUGCAAAGGUCAGAGGGGGCAGGGUUUCUGUUAAGGCAGGUGAUUAGCUGUGGGAGGAGCUUAUCAGAGCUUGCAGGGCAGUGGCUAGCGGCGUGUGCAGUUUGAUCCAUCUUUUAGAUUUAGGGGAGCUAGUCUCAAACGUUUGUUGGGGAGACCUAGGUUUUUUUGUGGGGGGAGUUAUUUGUCCUGUCUUCAUGCUUUUUAUGAUGGAGGACCACUGUAGCCACCCCCAACGACACGUUCUCAAGAUGGAGGGGGAGGGAACAGCUGCAGUCACCUGCGGUUCCUGCGCAAUGUUUGCCAUCUUGCCAAAGGUUGCAGGCAGCUUUACCUGCAGCAAUUGCAUGUUGAUUGCCCUCUUAAAAGACAAAGUCCAGCAACUGGAGGAACGUGUAGCUACGCUCCAAAGAAUUAGAGAGCUGGAGCUCUUCUUGGAAGCAACAGAGCACACCGUCUCCACCAAGGAAGAGACAGGGGACUCCCCUGAGAAGGAGGCUAGUUCACCAACACAGGAGCCAGAUAUAUGGAGAAACAUGACUCAAAGAAGUAGGAGGCCCAGGGUUCACUCUGAUUGUUUAGAAAUACACAAUCGCUUUGAGGUCCUCUCCCCAGCAUGGAAGACGAAGAGCAGACUCCAUUUGAGGAUCUCUCCCUCAUUACAGUCGAUCAGGUAUAUGAAGACGAGCAGCAAAGUCAGUCCUCAGGGAAUGUGCAGGCGACCUUGGAAAGGACAGCUCAUGGAAGAACCCCGACCAAACCUAAGAAGAGGCGUGUAGUGGUGAUAGGGGAUUCCCUACUGAGGGGAACAGAAGCAGUGAUCUGUGGGCCUGACAAGAUGUCUCGGGAAGUGUGCUGUCUCCCCGGGGCUAAGAUCCAAGAUGUAACUGAACGACUGCAAGGAAUCAUAAAACCCACUGACAAACACCCCUUCCUCUUGGUUCAUGUGGGAACCAAUGACACUGUAAGCAAUAGCCUCCAGAAGAUCAAAAGAGACUACGAGGCUCUGGGCAGGAAAUUGAAGCAAUUAAAUGCACAAAUUGUCAUCUCAUCUGUCCUCCCAGUUGAAUGAUGUGGCCCAGGGAGAGAGGGAAAAUAGUGGAAGUGAACAGCUGGCUUCGCAAAUGGUGUAAACAGGAACGGUUUGGAUUCUUAGAUCACGGACUGCAGUUUCUUGAAGAUGGACUUCUGGCAAGCGAUGGGCUGCACCUCACAACGGUUGGGAGAAAUGUUUUUGCCAAAAAUCUCAGAAACCUCAUCAGGAGGGCUUUAAACUAAUGUGGGGAAGGGAGACAGUGCUCCUGAAGGUAGGAGUCUAUCAAUUGAUGAAGAUGAUCAUCCAAAUGUCAUAGACCAAAUGGAGCAAACAGCACGCAGACCUAGUGGUGGGAGGAAAAAAUCCCUAAAUAAGAGACACGGGGGAAUGAUUAAUGGACUUCAAUGUCUGUACACUAAUGCGCAAAGCAUGGGAAAUAAACAAGAUGAGCUUGAGCUCUUGGUACAGCAAACUAAAUAUGACAUAAUAGGAAUCACUGAAACCUGGUGGGAUAAGUCCCACGAUUGGAAUGUAAUAAUGGGGGGAUACAAUCUAUUUCAGAGAAACAGACCAAACAAGAAAGGAGGAGGAGUGGCGUUAUAUGUCAGGGAUGUGCAUACCUGUGAAGAGAUCCAAGAUUUAGAACCUCAAAGCCAAAGUGAGAGCAUUUGGGUCAAAAUUAAGGGAGAGAAGAAUAACAGAGACCUCAUUGUGGGAGUUUACUAUAGAUCCCAAAGCCAAACGGAGGACAUAGAUGAUGCCUUCCUGGAACAGAUGGCCAAGCAUGCGAAAGGAAGGGAGAUAGUAGUAAUGGGGGACUUCAAUUACUCGGAUAUUUGUUGGAUGUCAAACUCAGCCAAGAGCAUAAGAUCAAACAGAUUCCUCACUGGCCUUGCAGACAACUUCAUUGUCCAGAAAGUGGGAGAAGCAACAAGAGGAACAGCCAUUUUAGAUCUGGUCCUAACCAAUGUUGAUGACCUGGUUAGUGGGGUAGAAGUGGAAGGAUCAUUAGGCGCGAGUGAUCAUGCUCUUCUGAAGUUUACUAUACAGCGGAAAGGAGCAGCCAAGCAUACUAGGACUCAAUUUCUUGACUUUAAGAAAGCCGACUUCAUAAAAAUUAGGGAAGUGCUGCAUGAGAUCCCAUGGACAGUAAUACUAAAAGGAAAGGGAGUUCAUGAUGGCUGGGAGUUUGUUAAGAGGGAGAUAGUAAAAGCACAACGUCAGGCAAUACCAAUGAGAUGGAAACAUGGAAGGUGCCUAAAGAAGCCAGGGUGGCUAUCUAAAGAACUUUUAACUGAGUUAAGAUUAAAAAAGGAUGUGUACAAAAAAUGGAAAAGGGGGGAAACCACCAAAGAGGAAUUCAAAAAAUACUUGGCUAGUUUAGAUGUAUUCAAGUCUCCAGGGCCAGAUGAACUGCAUCCAAGAGUAUUAAAAGAACUGGCAGAUGUGAUCUCAGAACCACUGGCAGUCAUCUUUGAGAAUUCCUGGAGAACAGGCGAAGUCCCGGCAGACUGGAGGAGGGCAAAUGUUGUCCCUAUUUUCAAAAAGGGGAAAAGAGAGGACCCAAAUAAUUGCCGCCCAGUCAGUCUGACAUCAAUACCAGGGAAGAUUCUGGAGCAGAUCAUUAAGCAAACAGUCUGUGAGCACCUAGAAAGGAAUGCUGUGAUCACCAAUAGUCAGCAUGGAUUUCUGAAAAAUAAGUCAUGUCAGACUAACCUGAUCUCGUUUUUUUGACAGAAUUACAAGCCUGGUAGAUGAAGGGAACGCAGUGGAUGUAGCCUACCUUGAUUUCAGCAAGGCAUUUGACAAGGUGCCCCAUGAUAUUCUUGUAAUGAAGCUGGUAAAAUGCGGUCUUGACUAUGCUACCACUCAGUGGAUUUGUAACUGGCUGACUGACCGAACCCAAAGGGUGCUCAUCAGUGGUUCCUCUUCAUCCUGGAGAAGAGUGACUAGUGGGGUGCCACAGGGUUCUGUCUUGGGCCCGGUCUUAUUCAACAUCUUUAUCAAUGACUUGGAUGAUGGACUCAAGGGCAUCCUGAUCAAAUUUGCAGAUGACACCAAACUGAGAGGGUGGCUAACACCCCAGAGGACAGGAUCACACUUCAAAACGACCUUGACAGAUUAGAGAACUGGGCCAAAACAAACAAGAUGAAUUUUAACAGGGAGAAAUGUAAAGUAUUGCACUUGGGCAAAAAAAUGAGAGGCACAAAUACAAGAUGGGGGACACCUGGCUUGAGAGCAGUACAUGUGAAAAGGAUCUAGGAGUCUUGGUUGACCACAAACUUGACAUGAGCCAACAGUGUGACGCGGCAGCUAAAAAACCAAUGCAAUUCUGGGCUGCAUCAAUAGGAGUAUAGCAUCUAGAUCAAGGGAAGUAAUAGUGCCACCGUAUUCUGCUCUGGUCAGACCUCACCUGGAGUACUGUGUCCAGUUCUGGGCACCACAGUUCAAGAAGGACACUGACAAAUUGGAACGUGUCCAGAGGAGGGCAACCAAAAUGGUCAAAGGCCUGGAAACGAUGCCUUAUGAGGAACGGCUAAGGGAGCUGGGCAUGUUUAGCCUGGAGAAGAGGAGGUUAAGGGGUGAUAUGAUAGCCAUGUUCAAAUAUAUAAAAGGAUGUCACAUAGAGGAGGGAGAAAGGUUGUUUUCUGCUGCUCCAGAGAAGCAGACACGGAGCAAUGGAUCCAAACUACAAGAAAGAAGAUUCCACCUAAACAUUAGGAAGAACUUCCUGACAGUAAGAGCUGUUUGACAGUGGAAUUUGCUGCCAAGGAGUGUGGUGGAGUCUCCUUCUUUGGAGGUCUUUAAGCAGAGGCUUGACAACCAUAUGUCAGGAGUGCUCUGAUGGUGUUUCCUGCUUGGCAGGGGGUUGGACUCGAUGGCCCUUGUGGUCUCUUCCAACUCUAUGAUUCUAUGAUUCUAUGAUUCAAUCCUGGAGACUUCAUGUCAGACCUGGAGGUCUGGCAACCCUAGCUGUAGUCCAACAACAUCUGGAGGACCACAGGUUCCCCAGCCCUGAUUUAUGGAGAUGCACUGCCCAUCCAAUGGUGCUCUAGUUUCAUUUUCUCUGUGUGCAUAGCAUCCCCUUUAGCAUUUUCUCUUGAGCAAUGCACAAGAGAAGGAGGAGAAUGCAGAUGGAGGACAUUCUUCUGACUGAUACCUUAUAGGAACAUUGGCAUUCUCAACUGAUCCCUUGCUGCAAAAAGUGAGAAUAAAGACCCCAACACAAAACAGCAUUGGGUGAAAAUUAAUAGACCUAAGUUAGGAAUGGUCAUUAGUUUCAAUGGGUCUGCUAUGAGCAUUCAGUACAGACCAUGACAAUUUGCAAUGAAAUCAAAGAUUUGAAGAUGGGGUUAUUUAAAGCAAGUGUGGUUAACCUUUGGCCCUUCAGAUCACAUUUACAAUCACAUGGUGGGUUGGGUUUUUUGUUUGUUUGUUUGUUUUGUUUUGUUUUGUUUUGUUUGCUGUGUUUUGCCAGUGUAGGGAUGAUUGAAUGCAUCACUGAAAUCACAGAAUCAUAGAGUUGGAAGGGACCCCAAGAAAGAUUGGGCAACACAGGCAAGCAUCUCCUGCGACAAGAAAAGAGAUGUACCGGGAGAGUUUGGCUAAAUUACCUGUGUCAGAGGUAGAAUUCAGAGAAAAGAGCUAACAUUUCAACUGUGUGAAAACUGGUGCUUAUCAGAAAUGACAACCUGCCACUUGCGCACAAACCCUUAUGAAACACAGACCCACCUUGCAACAUUCCACUGUCCCUAUAACUUCUUAAAUAGUUGGAAUCAGAUGGAUUUACUAAACACACUUUACUAAGCUGGGUGUGCUAAACCCACCUUCUGCUUGAGAGACUGUCUUCUGAGAAGCAUUCAGCCAUGAGGUUGCAUCUUCUCUUUGCUCUUCUUGUCCUACCUGCCACAGGUAAGAAGCUAUCACAGUCUGGUUAUACAACUCUCUCUCUCUCUCUCUCUCUCUCUCUCUCUCUCUCUCUCUCUCUCUUUUCUCUGUGUCUCUGUCUCUCUCUUGUUCUUUAAAAUAAAAAUAUAUAAAGAAAGAAACUUUUUAAAUGUAUUUGUAUAUUUGGCAAGACUUUGUCAAAUCCUAAUUUAAAGCUGUAACUAAAUUCAGAGCCAGUUUGGUGUAGAGGUUAGAGUGUCAGACUAGGACCUGAGAGAUCAGAGCUUGAAUCCCCACUCAGUCAUGAAGCUCACUUUGACCAACAUACCUCACAGGGUUGCUGUGAGGAUAAAAUGGGGAGGAGAACUAUGAAAGCCACUUUGAGCUCCUUUGAGGAAAUGUGGCAUACAAAUAUAACAGAUAACAACUACUACUACUACUACUACUACUGGUGUGGUGGCAAACUUCACGGCUUAACUAUGUAAAUAAUAAAAUCGCAGAAUUGUAAAGCUGGAAGGGGCGUCAAGGGUCAUCUAGUCCAACCCCCUGCAAUGCAGGAAUCUCAGCUAAAGCAUCCAUGACAGAUGAACAUGCACGCUUUGAUUUAGAACCUUCAAGGAACUCCACCACUUCUCAUGGGAGUCUGUUCCACAGUCAAUAUUUGAAGAUGGCUAUCACAUCUCCUCUUUUCCAAGCUAAACAUACCCAGCUCCUUCAAGCACUCCCCAUAAGGCUUGGUUUCCAGACCAUUGAUCAUCUUGGUUACCCUUCUCUGCACAGGUUCCAGCUUGUCAAUAUCCUUCUUAAACUGUGGCGACCAGAACUGGACAUCGUACUCCGGUUGGGGUCUGACCAAGGCAGAAUAGAGCGGUACUAUUACUUCUGUUGAUCUGGACAUUCAACUUCUAUUAAUGCAGCCAGGGCCAUCUUAGGCAUAUCCGGCGCCAUGGUGCAAAGAUUCCUCUGCCAGCUUAUCAGAAAGGCACCCAGCCAAUUUGGUUGCCAAUAAAUAUUCCUGUAGACAUUUCUGAGAUCAUGGUCUUUCCAACUAGUGGCUUUGUUAAUUGUCUUACUUUAAUUGCCCUUUGACAGCCCUACUCCAAGCCCAGGCGUGCAGGGAGGAGCCGGGCAGCUGCCUCAGCACCUCACUCGGCCUCGAACUCAUGCACAUCCCGCAGCAAAAGAGCCCACUAGGUCCCCUGGGAGCCCAGCACUGUGGUGUCAUGCACCACAGGAGGUGGAAAUAAGAAACCUAUAUUUUCAUAAAUUCUCUGUGUUAUUAUUUUUAAUCUUUUUCCCCCCUUUCCUCCCUGCAGUUUGUAAAUACAUGAGUGUCAUUAUGGACAGCAUCUUUCCAAAGUUCUUAUUUCAUCAAAUCGUUAGGUAAAACUUUUUUUAAAAUCCAAACGAAGGUGUUGACAUGGACAGCAACAUGUUGUUAACUUGCACUAUCCCAUUAACAGGACUUCUAGGUUUCCUUUGGUGUAAUCUCACCGCUUCUUCCUUUACUUCCACAUGAACAUCAUUUUGUUAAUUUGUUUAUUGAUGGGCUAUUCUGGAUACUUGGGAGGGAAAUAAAUUACAAUUUUACAUUUAAAAAAGAGAGAGAUAACAGUUAAGACGUCCCUGAAUGCAGCCUAGAAUAGCAUUAGCCCUUUUAUUUAUUUAUUUAUUUAUUUUUGCUGCUGCUGCAUCACUCUACUGACUAAUGUUACGCUUGUGGUCUACUAAGAUCCCCAGAUCCUUUUUGCAUGUAUUACUGGCAUGCCAUCUUAUAUGGGUGCAGCUUCCUGGUUUCAGCACUGAACUCAUGGCUUAUACUUUGGGGAGAUAUCCCUCUGAGGAAAACUGCAUUCCCCCCCCCCACUAUGGGGGGGGGGACCUCAAGAUCUUGAAUACUUGCAUAAGCAGAAAACAAAAAAAGUCUGCUUACUGAUAAGGGAAUUGCUCUGACCAGCAAAAUGUCCUGAUCAGAAUCAAAUAAAAGUCAUGUCAGAUGUGCCAAGAGUAACUCAGGAAGUACAGCUGCUAACCUACUUGGUACCCCAUGAAACAGAAAAUAGAGAUUAUGAAUGUUACCACAUUGAGGGGUGCCUGAGAGGAGAGGAGUGGCAACUAGAAAGGCCAAUGUAAAAUGGCAGAGUAUCAGGAGACUAGGAGAAGUUGGAAGUAGAGAAUAAACGGGGUCAAUGCUCUGUAAUUAGGAUGUAAGAAUCUAUGGCUCUCUGUCUUCUAAAGAAGUCUUCUCAAGCAGCUGAUACCCACAACAACCUAAAAUCAACAAGAAAAGCUGAUAUAAGCAAUUCCAUAAUUUAUUUUCAGGGAGCGUGAUUCUUCCCUUACAAGAAGAGGAAGAGCUAAGAAAGACUGAAAUGGCAUCUCCUCCUCAACAACAGGAUGAGGGGCAUGAGCAGAAGGCCCCCUCAUCUGCACCUUCCCAGCAGGAGGAACAAGUUCCUGAGGAGAAGGCCCCUUCAUUUGCACCUUCCCAACAGGAGGAAGUCCCUGAGCAGAAGGCCCCCUCAUCUGCACCUUCCCAGCAGGAGGAAGUCCCUGAGCAGAAGGCCCCCUCAUCCGCACCUUCACAGCAGCAGCAGGAAGUCCCUGACCAGGAGGCCACCUCAUCUGCACCUUCACAACAGGAGCAAGUCCCUGAGGAGAAGGCCCCCUCAUCUGCACCUUCCCAGCAGGAGGAGCUAGUCCCUGAGCAGAAGGCCCCCUCAUCUGCACCUUCCCAGCAGGAGGAAGUCCCUGAGGAGAAGGCCCCCUCAUCUGCACCUUCCCAGCAGGAGCAGCAAGUCCCUGAGGAGAAGGCCCCUUCAUCUGCACCGUCCCAACAGGAGGAAGUCCCUGAGGAGAAGGCCCCCUCAUCUGCACCUUCCCAGCAGGAGCAGGAAGUCCCUGACCAGAAGGCCCCCUCAUCUGCACCUUCCCAGCAGGAGCAGGAAGUCCCUGACCAGAAGGCCCCCUCAUCCGCACCUUCCCAGCAGGAGGAAGUCCCUGAGCAGAAGGCCCCCUCAUCUGCACCUUCCCAGCAGGAGGAGCUAGUCCCUGAGCAGAAGGCCCCCUCAUCUGCACCUUCCCAGCAGGAGCAGCAAGUCCCUGAGGAGAAGGCCCCCUCAUCCUCACCUUCCCAGCAGGAGGAAGUCCCUGAGCAGAAGGCCCCCUCAUCUGCACCUUCCCAGCAGGAGCAGCAAGUUCCUGAGGAGAAGGCCCCUUCAUUUGCACCUUCCCAACAGGAGGAAGUCCCUGACCAGAAGGCCCCCUCAUCCUCACCUUCCCAGCAGGAGGAAGUCCCUGAGCAGAAGGCCCCCUCAUCUGCACCUUCACAACAGGAGCAAGUCCCUGAGGAGAAGGCCCCCUCAUCUGCUCCUUCCCAGCAGGAGGAAGUCCCUGACCAGGAGGCCCCUUCAUCUGCACCUUCACCACAGGAGGAACAAGUCCCUGAGCAGAAGGCCCCCUCAUCUGCACCUUCUCAGCCGGAGGAGCUAGUCCCUGAGCAGAAGGCCCCCUCAUCUGCACCUUCCCAGCAGGAGCAGGAAGUCCCUGACCAGAAGGCCCCCUCAUCUGCACCUUUCCAAAAAGAGCAGCAAGUCCCUGAGGAGAAGGCCCCUUCAUCUGCACCUUCCCAACCUGAGCAGCAGGUCCCUGAGCAGAAGGCCCCCUCAUUUGCACCUUCCCAAAAAGAGCAGCAAGUCCCUGAGGAGAAGCCUCCCUCAUCUGCACCUUCCCAAAAAGAGCAGCAAGUCCCUGAGGAGAAGGCCCCCUCAUUUGCACCUUCUCAGCAGGAGCAGCAAGUCCAUGAGGAGAAGGCCCCUUCAUCUGCACCGUCCCAACAGGAGGAAGUCCCUGAGCAGAAGGCCCCCUCAUCUGCACCUUCCCAGCAGGAGCAGCAAGUCCCUGAGGAGAAGGCCCCCUCAUCCGCACCUUCCCAGCAGGAGGAAGUCCCUGAGCAGAAGGCCCCCUCAUCUGCACCUUCCCAGCAGGAGGAAGUCCCUGACCAGGAGGCCACCUCAUCUGCACCUUCACAACAGGAGGAGCUAGUCCCUGAGCAGAAGGCCCCCUCAUCUGCACCUUCCCAGCAGGAGCAGGAAGUCCCUGACCAGAAGGCCCCCUCAUCUGCACCUUUCCAAAAAGAGCAGCAAGUCCCUGAGGAGAAGCCUCCCUCAUCUGCACCUUCCCAAAAAGAGCAGCAAGUCCCUGAGGAGAAGGCCCCCUCAUUUGCACCUUCCCAAAAAGAGCAGCAAGUCCCUGAGGAGAAGCCUCCCUCAUCUGCACCUUCCCAAAAAGAGCAGCAAGUCCCUGAGGAGAAGGCCCCCUCAUUUGCACCUUCUCAGCAGGAGCAGCAAGUCCAUGAGGAGAAGGCCCCUUCAUCUGCACCGUCCCAACAGGAGGAAGUCCCUGAGCAGAAGGCCCCCUCAUCUGCACCUUCCCAGCAGGAGCAGCAAGUCCCUGAGGAGAAGGCCCCCUCAUCCGCACCUUCCCAGCAGGAGGAAGUCCCUGAGCAGAAGGCCCCCUCAUCUGCACCUUCACAGCAGGAGCAGGAAGUCCCUGACCAGAAGGCCCCCUCAUCUGCACCUUCCCCAAAAGAGCAGCAAGUCCCUGAGGAGAAGCCUCCCUCAUCUGCACCUUCCCAAAAAGAGCAGCAAGUCCCUGAGGAGAAGGCCCCCUCAUUUGCACCUUCUCAGCAGGAGGAAGUCCCUGAGGAGAAGGCCCCUUCAUCUGCACCUUCCCAGCAGGAGCAGCAAGUCCCUGAGGAGAAGGCCCCUUCAUCUGCACCGUCCCAUCAGGAGAAGCAAGUCCCUGAGGAGAAGGCCCCCUCAUCUGCACCUUCCCAGCAGGAGCAGCAAGUCCCUGAGGAGAAGGCCCCUUCAUCUGCACCUUCCCAACAGGAGCAGCAAGUCCCUGAGCAGAAGGCCCCCUCAUCUGCACCUUCCCAGCAGGAGCAGCAAGUCCCUGAGGAGAAGGCCCCUUCAUCUGCACCGUCCCAGCAGGAGGAGCAAGUCCCUGAGGAGAAGGCCCCCUCAUCUGCACCUUCCCAGCAGGAGCAGCAAGUCCCGGAGGAGAAGGCCCCUUCAUCUGCACCUUCCCAACCUGAGCAGCAGGUCCCUGAGCAGAAGGCCCCCUCAUCUGCACCUUCCCAGCAGGAGCAGGAAGUCUCUGACCAGGAGGCCACCUCAUCUGCACCUUCCCAACAGGAGCAAAUUCCUAACCAGAAGGCCACCUCAUCUGCACCUUCCCAGCAGGAGCAGCAAGUCCCUGAGGAGAAGGCCCCUUCAUCUGCACCGUCCCAGCAGGAGGAGCAAGUCCCUGAGGAGAAGGCCCCCUCAUCUGCACCUUCCCAGCAGGAGCAGCAAGUCCCGGAGGAGAAGGCCCCUUCAUCUGCACCUUCCCAACCUGAGCAGCAGGUCCCUGAGCAGAAGGCCCCCUCAUCUGCACCUUCCCAGCAGGAGCAGGAAGUCUCUGACCAGGAGGCCACCUCAUCUGCACCUUCCCAACAGGAGCAAAUUCCUAACCAGAAGGCCACCUCAUCUGCACCUUCCCAACAGGAGGAAGUCCCUGGGCACAAAAGCACCUCAUCUGAUGAAGCAUUUGAUGAAAUUGAUUUUCCUUCGGAAGGUGAUCCUGAUUCUGAGGAGGAAACCGAUUAUGAUCACCUUGAUCACAUACUUCCUUUCCGUAUCCUAAGACAGUUCUUUUCUGGCCUCAGAGGUAGGUAUCUAUUUUUCCCUUGAUAUUGAGAUUAUACAGACAUUCUUACAUUCUACCCCCAAUGUCAGACACAUUAUUCCUUUGAAUACCUGUUGCUCUUAGUUGGAGGAGGUGAGAUUAGUGAUGUCCAAAUCUCAUUACCCACUGUGAGAACAUGAUAAUGAACUAGAAGAGCCACUGGCCUGAUUUGGGAGGCUUAUUUAUUUAUUUAUUUAUUUAUUUAUUUAUUUUCUGUUUUAAUGGGUUCAUCCAUUUUCAGUCCAUGAUUUGUCCAGCCACAUAGGUCCAUGUUUGUAGACUGCCCUGAUGUCUGCAUCUCCUCCAGAGCCAUAUUGCUGUUUUUGGUUCUUUGGAUCAAACAUCAGUUUCAAAUCCUGCAAUGAAGCUUUCAAUGGACAUGGACAGUUUUCUUUGAUCUUCUGUGGCCUGUGAGCAGUCUGGAAUCAUUUCCAGUCCCCGUUAGGAGACGCCAGGGAUUGGACAUGCCAGUAUCUGCAUGCAAAUAAUGUCUUCCAUUCUCCCCUUUUCCUCACUUCAUUUGUGUGUGUGUGGUUGUUUGUUUGUUUGCUUGUUUUUUUUAAAAAAUCACCAUUGUUGACAUAAGACAUUCCAGCACCAUGCACUAUAGUUUAUCAUAGAAUCAUAGAAUUGUAGAGUUGGAAGGGACCCUCACGGGUUAUCUAGUCCAACCCUCUGCAAUGCAGGAAUCCCAAGUAACGCAUCCAUGACAGAUGGCCAGUCAACCUUUGCUUGAAAACCUCCAAGAAGAGUCCACAACUUCCCAAAGGAGACCGUUUCACUCUUGAACAGCUCUUACUGUCAGAAAGUUUUUCCUGAUGUUUAGUUGGAAUCUCCUUCCUUUUAACUUGAAGCCAUUUGUUUUAAUCAUAACUGCUUUGCCCCCCGGAGCAGGAGGAAACAAGCACUCUUCUUCCAUGUGACAGCCCUUGACUUAUUUGAAGGUGGUUAUCAUAUCUUCUCUCAGUCCCCUCUUUUCCAGGUUAAACAUCUGUAGCUCCUUCACCCGCUCCUCAUAAGGCUUGGUUUCCAGACACUUGAUCAUCUUGGCUGCCCUCUUCUGCACACGUUCCAGCUUGUCAACAUCCUUCUUAAAUUGUGGUGCCUGGCAUUGGACACAGUAUUCCAGGUGUGGUCUGAACAAGACAGAAUAGAGCGGUACUAUUACUUCCCUUGAUCUGGGCACUAUAAAGUGGUACCUCGGGUUAAGAACUUAAUUUGUUCUGGAGGUCCGUUCUUAACCUGAAACUGUUCUUAACCUGAAGCACCACUUUAGCUAAUGGGGCCUCCCACUGCUGCUGUGCGAUUUCUGUUCUCAUCCUGAAGCAAAGUUCUUAACCCGAAGUACCAUUUCUGGGUUAGUGGAGUCUGUAACCUGAAGCAUCUGUAACCUGAGGUACCACUGUACUUCUGUUGAUACAGCGUAGAGUAGUGUUAGCUCUUUUUUUGCUGUUGCAAAAAAUGUGAAGACCACUAGAUCCUUUGCACAUGUACUGCUAAUAAGCCAGGUGUCCCCCAUCUUAUAUUUGUACAUCUGGUUGCUCUUCUUCUUCUUCUUCUUCUUCUUCUUCUUCUUCUUCUUCUUCUUCUUCUUCUUCUUCUUCUUCUUCUUCCUCUUCUUUUUCUUCUUCCUUGUCCUUGUAGGAUAAGUUCCCAAUCAUGACAGAGUUAUGUGUCUCUUUCAUUCAGGGGCCCUGCACUGCCGAAAGCUGGGAGGUGUCUGCCGACCAAAAAGAGCAAAAUGCAGGACGACUCUACAGAUUCAGAUCCCGUGUGGUCCUGGCAGGAAAUGUUGCUCCCUUUGGUGAACUGACAAGUAGCACAAAUUUACAAAAGUCAGCAUGGCAGUGUUGAAACUAAGCCGUGCAAUGACUGUCCAAGUCAGAAAAGUGAAUGCCAAUGGGACUUGGUAAACACAACAAAUAUGGUAUAAAUCUGUAACUGUGUGCUCAGCAUCUUAAAAAACAACAACAAUAAAGGAGCAACUUCCAUUUUGUGAUCCUCAAUCGUCCUGAUAUUUAUGGUUGUGUGUGAUGUGAUAAAUGGUUGUACUGUGUGAGACAGGGUGCGGGAGAGGAUCAUGGAAAAGACCACAUCUCAGCAGCAAGACAGAGGUGCCAACUUGAAUAAAAUAUGGGGGGGGGAUGUGUGCAGGUAAGCUCCACUCUACAUAAUUGAUCAAAUGGAGCAUGCACACACCAUUUGAAUGGCAAUGCCCAUCAACUUGGGGGGGGGGUAUUGUGGGGGUGAUUGGACUUUGGCUCCUAGAAGUUGGCUCCUAUGGAUAAAAGUAUGUGCAUUGGCUAGGGCGUGGAAAAGGUAAAGCAGCAGAGCUCAGUAUGUUCCUUGAGUCUAGCUCUCACCAGCUCCAGUCAGAAGGAACAGGGUUGAUGGGAGUUGUAGCCCCACAACAUCUGGAGGGACCAAAUGUACUCUUCUCAAGCUCAUUGUGAUGGCCUGGGAUACGGACUCGGAGGCUGAACCUGAGGAAUCCCAGCCUGCACAGGAGUCCCCGCCUCCAGAACCAGCUGAGCUGGGGCUGGGGCUUGAGCCUGAAGGGUCCUCACCUGUGCUGGAUCCUCAGGUGCAGGCACCAGCUGAGUCUGCUCUGGCUCCUGAGAUGAUGGCGGACCCAUUGCCUGCAGGUGCUCCACUCUCAGCCCCGUCAGAGGAAGCUGAGGUUGCCUCUGGGUUCGGUAACCCUCCAGCCUCUCCUGAGCUGCAGAGGCCUCUGCAGAGGCAGAGAGGCGGAGGAAACUAAGUGGUUGUCCUAGGGGAUUUUAACAUUCAUGCCGACACAACCUUGCAAGGGGCUGCUCGGGACUUCGUGGAAAGCAUGGCCUCCAUGGGGCUGUCCCUGAAUAAGUUUGGCCCAACUCAUAGUCAUGGACAUGCCUUAGACCUGGUGUUCACCUCUAGUGACGUGGGUGAUCUGACACUAAGUAAAAGUGAAACAAAAGAAGUGCCAUGGUCAGAUCACUUCCUGGUGCAACUGGACUUCUCCGCGACCCUUCCCCUCUGCAGGGAGGUGGGACCAAUUCGGAUGGUCCACCCCCGCCACUUAAUGGAUCCAAAUGGUUUCCAGAGAGUGGUAGGGGAUGCUUUAUCCCAUGUUGAUGGCCUUUCAGCUGAUUCCCUGGUGGCCCACUGGAAUGCAGAGUUAACCAGGGCUAUCGACUGUCUGGCUCCGAAGCGCCCUCUCCAAUUGCAUGGAGCCCGGACAGCCCCGUGGUUUUCUUCAGAGCUGAGGGCGAUGAAACAAUCCCUGAGAUGGCUAGAGCGUCGGUGGCAGAAAACUCACUCCGAAUCUGACACAGGUUAGAGCUCAAUGGCAAGCCUACCAAGUGGCGAUAGCAACGGCGAAGAAGACUUUCUUCACCGCCUCUAUUGCAUCUGCAGAAAAUAGUAGCAGGAGACUCUUUCAGGUGGUUCGCAAUUUAACGGAACCACCUUUACCACCGGGGCCUUGUAAAGACCCCAAGAUCUCCUGCAACGAUUUUGCAAAGUUUUUUGCAGAUAAAAUCACUCAUAUUCAGAAGGAGCUAGACACCACAAUGGGAGCAGGGCUGGGGCGGGAGAGUGCUAGAGCUCUGUCUGGUCAAGUUGCAUGGAAUCAAUUUCAAUCUGUUACCCCCGAGGAUGUGGACAGGCUGCUUGGAUGCGUGAAACCAACCACCUGUCUCCUUGAUCCUUGCCCAUCCUGGCUAAUAAAAGCAAGCCGGGAAGGGCUGGGCAAUGGGCUCUGCGGGGUGGUGAAUGCUUCCCUCUGUGAGGGAACGUUCCCAGAUCCGCUGAAAGAGGCAGUCAUUAAACCGCUUCUUAAAAAAUCAUCUUUAGACCCAGCCAGUAUGGCCAACUAUCGCCCAGUCUCAAAUCUUCCAUUCUUGGGCAAGGUGAUUGAGCGCGUGGUUGCUGAACAACUCCAGGCACGCCUGGAGGAUGCGGACCAUUUGGAUCCCUUCCAAUCGGGAUUCAGGCCUCAUCAUGGUACUGAAACUGCCUUGGUCGCGCUGGUUGAUGAUCUCCGGCGAGCUAGGGACAAAGGUGAGAGUUGUUUCCUAGUUGGAUCUCUCAGCGGCCUUUGAUACAAUCGACCAUAACAUCCUUCUGGACUGUCUAGAGGGGCUGGGAGCUGGGGGCACUGUUAUACAGUGGUUUCGCUCCUUCCUCCUGGGCCGUGUUCAGAAAGUGGUGGUGGGGGAUAAGUGUUCAGACCCCUGGGCCCUCACUUGUGGGGUGCCUCAGGGUUCCGUCCUCUCCCCCAUGCUUUUUAACAUCUCUAUGAAGCCGCUGGGAGAGAUCAUCAGGGGUUUGGACUGGGUGUCCAUCAAUAUGCAGAUGAUACCCAGCUCUACCUCUCUUUCAAAUCAGAACCAGUGAAGACGGUGAAGGUCCUGUGUGAGUGCCUGGAGGCGGUUGGAGGAUGGAUGGCGGCUAAUGGAUUGAAGUUGAAUCCUGACAAGACAGAAGUACUGUUUUUGGGGGACAGGGGGUGGGCUGGUGUGGAGGACUCCCUGGUCCUGAAUAGGGUAACUGUGCCCCUGAAGGACCAGGUGCGCAGCCUGGGAGUCAUUUUGGACUCACACCUGUCUAUGGAGGCACAGGUCAAUUCUGUAUCCAGGGCAGCUGUCUAUCAACUCCACCUGGUAUGCAGGCUGAGACCUUACCUGCCCGUGGACUGCCUCGCCAGAGUGGUGCAUGCUCUAGUUAUCUCCUGCUUGGACUACUGCAAUGUGCUCUACGUGGGGAUACCUUUGAAGGUGACUCGGAAGCUACAACUAAUCCAGAACGCGGCAGCUAGACUGGUGACUGGGGGCGGCCGCCGAGACCACAUAACACUGGUCUUGAAAGACCUACAUUGGCUCCCAGUACGUUUCCGAGCACAAUUCAAAGUGCUGGUGUUGACCUUUAAAGCCCUAAACGGCCUCGGCCCAGUAUACCUGAAGGUGUGUCUCCACCCCCAUCGUUCUGCCCGGACGCUGAGGUCCAGCGCCGAGGGCCUUCUGGCGGUUCCCUCAUUGCGAGAAGCAAAGCUACAGGGAACCAGGCAGAGAGCCUUCUUGGUAGUGGCGCCCGCCCUGUGGAACGCCCUCCCACCAGAUGUCAAAGCAAUAAAUAACUACCUGACAUUCAGAAGACAUCUUAAGGCAGCCCUGUUCAGGGAAGUUUUUAAUCUGUGAUAUUUUAGUGUAUUUUUGGUUUCUAUGGAAGCCGCCCAGAGUGGCUGGGGAAACCCAGUCAGAUGGGCGGGGUACAAAUAAUAAAUUAUUAUUAUUAUUAUUAUUAUUAAGUUCCCGCAGGAGGAGUGCUCGCCUCCAGACCAGGAGAGGCGAGUCACCUGUGGACUGGGGCUGCCCUAUGCCUCGGGGCAGAUAAAAGCCAGCCAGCCUCAGUCCCAAGUUGCGGGAGCAACGUUGUUGGUAGCCAGUUCCUGCCUGCACCCUGUCCUGCCAGAUCACCUGACCUCGCCCAACUACCUACCUUGGACCUAGCUUCAGCUUUGACGGAUGGCCUCAAUAAUGCACCCUCGACCUUGGACGGGACUCGCACCACGCCUCAUGGAAACCCACGGGACCAGCACACUCAUCCCUUGUCAUUGACAGUUGAAGGCUCCCAGGUAGCAAUUAAAAAGAUACAGUUAGGCCAUGCCUUACAGCUCCUAUGAUAUAUUUCCACUUUUACCUUCUCCUGCAUCUUUGCUUUCUUUCUUUUCAAGCAGAGAAGAAGCACUCCAACACUCUAUUCAACUCAGUAGCGUUCACAGUGGAUUCUGAAACACAGUCAUCUUGCUUCACAUAAAAUUGAGUCUCUCCUUCACUAGAUACCCUCAUGUGACCAUCGUUAGCCAAUCACGUAAGAACUACUAGUGAACUCUCUAGUUACCAACUAAUCAGUUACCAAUCAAUCUGAUUUAAACACAUAGUAAUGCAUACAAGCAUUUACAAUUUCCAUGAAUCAAACUGCUAUACUUAACACCUCCUUGGUUCCAGAAAUAGUCUCCUAACCUACCCAAUAGAAAGCAUCAUUCAGAUUUGCAGUUUGCAUGACUCACUAAGGAUGAUCAGAGCACAAUAAAAUUCAAAACAGUAACAAUUUAUUAUGCAUUAAUUCAAAUCCCAUUUAGUUUAAUUAAUUCAACAAAGUUGAUGAACUUGAUGCAGUGUUAUCACAUAACCUCCAACAUUUAUCCGAUGAAAAUAGGGACGUCCCAUUCCAUAAUGAUUAUUUUACUAUUUAUACGCCACACAUCUUAUUGGGUUGCCCCAGCCACUCUGGGCAGCUUCCAACAUACAGUCGUACCUUGGUUCUCAAAUGGAAGGAAAACGUUCGAAAACCAAGGGGCUGCUUCCGAUUGGCUGCAGGAACUUCCUGCACUCAAUCAGAAGCCAUGUAAGCCACGUUGGACAUUUGGGUUCCAAAGAAUGUUCACCAACAAGAACACUCACUUCUGGGUUUGCGGAGCCAAAACAUUUGAGUCACAAGGCAUUUGACAACCAAGGUACAACUGUAUAUAAAAGCAUAAUAAAACAUUAAACAUUGAAAAAACUUCCCUAUACAGGAUUGCCUUCAGACAGCUCGGGAGUCAAAUAACGCCAUACCCUCCAACAUUUCUCCAAUGAAAAUAGGGACAUCCUCAGGAAAAGUGGGAACAUUCCGGGAUCAAAUCAGAAACUGGGAUAGAUUUUCUAAAUAAGGGACAUCCCUGGAAAAUAGGGACACUUGGAGGGUCUGCUACCAGCUUUUCAAAAUCUGGUAGUCAUUUGCACCUCCAGUGCUCCCCUGCUAAGUAACAACAACAACAACAACAACAACAACAACAACAACAACAACAACUUAUUUAUACCCCGCCCAUCUGGCUGGGUUUCCCCUGCUUUAGCUUGUACCUGAUUAUGUAAUUUAUCAAUGUAAUUGUUGCACUGAAAUACAAUUAAGAAGAAGUAUAUUAAUAGUGAAAUAAUGAUUAAGCUCUAACUUUUGGGCCCUAAGCUAUAGCUUGUUUAGUAAAUCCAGCACUGGACUGGUUUGGCAGGUGACAUUCCCAUUUUUUAAUAGGAUCUUUAAACUGUUUUGAAAUGGUCAAUAGGACAAAUAUGUCAACGGACAGGUAGCAGUCCUGUUUUUCCAGGCCAGCCAGCGCAAGAUCCCUUACCAAGCCUGUGUAGGGCAAGGAGAAUAAAGGAUAGCUUGAAAAAGAUGCAUUUCACCCGAAACAGCUGGAAAUAGAUGCUUUGAUAUACUACUGAAGAAGGCCAGUCAAGCCAUGAAACAAGUUGAAGCAAUUGCAUCAGUCUGCAGAUUCCAGAAGUCUAACACAUUCCUGUCUACUAUUUGUGCAUCAGUAUAGCUCUGUGUGGUGCUGCGGUCUAAACCACUGAGCCUCUUGGGCUUGCCGAUCAGAAGGUCAGCCCUUCGAAUCCCCACAACGGGGUGAGCUCCCGUUGCUUGGUCCCAGCUCCUGCCAACCUAGCAGUUCAAAAGCACGUCAGUGCAAGUAGAUAAAUAGGUACCACUCCAGCGGGAAGGUAAACGGCGUUUCCGUGCGCUGCUCUGGUUUCGGUGUUCCGUUGCGCCAGAAGCGGCUUAGUCAUGCUGGCCACAUGACCUGGAAAAACUGUCUGCGGACAAACGCCGGUUCUCUCAGCCUAUAAAGCAAGAUGAGCGCCACAACCCCAGAGUCCUCUGUGACUGGACUUAACAGUCAGAGGUCCUUUGCCUUUACCUUUUUAUAGCUCUGUCUACAUUGUAUUGAUGUGGUUACAUCCAAGGCCACCUAAUUUGGACUUCACAUGUCACCACCCAGGUCCAAACUUUAGAGAAGCAAUGCAAAAUCUAAAAAAGGAAGCAUUUUGCUCCAGUGAUGUAAACAUGGGAUCAUACAGCCUUGGGGUGGGGGCUUAUUUGAGUUACACAGUUCGGAACAUAAUGCUCCUUCUGUAUGGGCACUUGGAAUGGAAGCUUUGCAGAGAUAUUGGCAAUACAGUAGACAUUCAUUUCCAUGAGCAACACAUACUUAAGUGUGAUCAAACAGGUUUUGCGGGGGGCUUCUGGAGCACCACAAAAGCCUGUUGCACCUAAGAAGAGCUCUGCUGGAAGAGGCUGAUGGCCCAUCAAGUCCAGCAUCCUGUUCUCACAGUGGCCAACCAGAUGCCUGUGAGAAGUAGGAUUUGAACACGAGAGUGCUCUCCCCUUUUGUGGUUUCCAGCAGCUGGUAUUCAGAAGCAUUGCUGCCUCAAACUGUGGAGGGCAGAACAAAGCCCUCUAGGUUGGUUGUCUUCACUGACUCCUGUGGGAGAGAGUUCCACAGUUUAACUAUGCACUGCACGAAGUACACACCCUACAGGCUCUCUGCAGCAACAGGAGAAGAGUUUUGUCUCAGGCCUCUGAAAUGGCUGCCUUGGACACCUUCCACCCUGCUAUACCAUCUUGAAGGAAGCAAAGUAUUUCCUGGACCCAAGCUUAGCAUGAAUUUUGUAUAGCAGCUAGGGAUGGAGGGAUCAGUUUAUUUCGGUUCUCUCGGUUUCCAAACUUCAAUUCACUUCUCUACAUUUUGCAGCAAUUAGCUUUUUUUGUCUGAACAAAAACCUCAUUAAAAUUCACCAUCCUUUUAGUCCGAACUGCUUCUAAUAAAAGCAUUUUUAUAAGCUCUUUUGACUAACUUGCACACUUCUUUUUUUGCAAGCGAUCACUCUGAAUAUAGAUGCGUUUUUGUAUGUUAUAGUAACAAAUAUCUUCAUUUUUAUGCAUGCUAUCUUCUAAAAUAUGCAUUCUCGCAAACACUGGUUGGAGAACUAGAUCCUACAUUGCAGUGGCUAGCAGAUGUCCUCAAGGACCCAACUCUCCUAUGAUUCUCUAUCCCAAAAUUCAUAUAAGUGCGAAUUCCAAAGAAUCAAUGUUUCGGUUGGCAUAUUAUUAUUUUUUUUGGGGGGGUAAGUAGAUAAAUAUGCCUUUACAUGCACACCAAAGCAAUUUCCCCCCCAAUCCCAAUAGCAACAAGCCAGCUGCGAGCCAUAAACAGGGUUUUCAGCAACAAUUUCUCCUAAUUCUACUUUGAGAUGCCAGGGAAGAAACCUGGAACCUUUGGCAUUCAAGCUGAGGGGAAUUGCAUGGUUCAUAGGAGCCAAAUCCUAGGGGCUGGGGGGCUUCAGGCCCCCCUGCAAUAAAAUAUUUGAGGAGGCUGGGCCACCCCAAAGUUGAUGGGCAUUGCCAUUCAAAUGGUGUGUGUGUGUGUGUGUGUGUGUGUGUACUGUGUCAUGUGAUCAGUUAUGCAGGGUGGGGCUUACCUGCCCUCCCCCAAUAUUUUAUUCAAGUUAGCAUCCCUGGCAUGGUUUGAAUCCUACCCUCCAGAGCCGGAGAAAACCAGCUUGCUCCAUCUUCCAUGUGACAGCCCUUUAUGUAGUUGGAUAUGACUAACUUGUCACCUGUCAGUCUCCUCUUAUCCCUCAACCGUUCCUCAUAAGGCUUAGUUUCCAGACCAUUGAUCAUCUUCUCCACCCUCCUCUGCAAAUGUUCCAGCUUGUCAAUUUUCACUUUUCACUUUUAGGAGAACACUUCAAUCUCCCAGGACAUUAUAUACAAGAUCUCAAAGUAGCUGUCUUAUUACAAAAGGAUUUCAGAAAUAGACUGGAAAGAGAAGUUGCUGAAUUGCAACUUAUUUCCAAACUUAAAACCAUGGAGAGCCCUGGUCUGAAUAGAGACAUUGGAUUCUUAUCUCAGUAUACAUGAUAAAGCUAUUUUUAGCCAUCUCAUCCCUUGCUUUUUCCUGUAAGAACAAUUGCAGUCAUUAACAGUCGUCAACAGGUUUACCACACCUUUCAGCCAAUCACCCAUUCCCAACACCCUUCUGAGUAAUACCCCUCCCCAACCUCUCACUAUAUAUAAGGGUCUGGUGACUUCUUUUUCAGUGUAUCUGAAGAAGUGUGUAUGCACACGAAAGCUCAUACCAAGAACAAACUUAGCUGGUCUCUAAGGUACUACUGGAAGGAAUCCCCCCCCCCCGACUACGGCAGACCAACAUGGCUACCUACCUGUAACUAAAUCUUUUUACUUCUACAGUAGUACCUUGGGUUAAGAACUUAAUUCAUUCUGGAGGUGCAUUCUUAACCUGAAACUGUUCUUAACCUGAGGUACCACUUUAGCUAGUGGGGCCUCCCGCUGCCACCACACCGCCACCGCAUUAUUUCUGUUCUCAUCCUGAAGCAAAGUUCUUAACCCAAAGUACUAUUUCUGGGUUAGCGGCGUCUGUAACCUGAAGCUUUGUAACCUGAAGCGCCUGUAACCCGAGGUACCAAUGUAUUACUAUUACUUCGCUGGAGCUGGACUCUAUUGUUGAUGCAUCCUAGAACUGCAUUAGUUUUAUUUUUGCUGCUGCAUCACACUGUUGACUCAUGCCGGACUUGUGGUCCACUAAAAACUCCAUAUCCGUUUCACGUGGUGUGCUGUCAAGCCAGGUAUCCCCUAUCCUAUAUUUGCACAUCUAUCUAACAGUCACAAUAGGCCUCUCUCCAUUUGCAGUUCCCAGAAACGGAUACCCAGAGGCAUAUUGCAGAACGUUGCUUUCUUUGGCAUUCGAAUCAGGAAGUUGAGAAAACUACAGUCCCCAUGAGCCUGGCAGGAAACUACACCUCUGAGCUUCCGUAUGGUAGUCAUUUUCAGCUCAGAGUCAGAUAGGCAGAGAGGCUCUCUUCAAGAUCUCCCUGAAAUCAAUAUCCCUCUUCCCCGUCACAAAGGUAAAAGGGUUUUUUCUUUCAUUUUCCUGUCAAGGUAUGUUUUUCUCUGUGUGCGUAUUGUGGAGGAACUGGCUGGGCACAAGAGUCUCGGGGGGGGGGGGAGCAAUUGGAUAGUUCUAGAUUUCCUUUUAUUUUCAAAGGCUAAACUCAAAAAGACUACACAGCUGCAGAGAGUGCUGAAUCAGGGUAUGCGUAUCGUUGCAUGUGACUGCUAUUUUGGAAUCGAUGUGAACAAUGUGAAAAUUACGAGUGUAAUGAAAAGCAUCAUCGGAUGCUGAGGCCAAUAUCUGAUGCAUGUGUAAGUGUGAGCCAGCCCAUAAAUCAUGUGAACACUUGGCACGUGAUACGUUAUUGCAUAUGAAUGACUUCUGUUGAGACAUGAACUUCAUUCACGAGAGAGAGAGAGAGAGAGAGAGAGAGAGAUCAUUAUGAAUGCAAUUGUAUACACUACACAUUGACCUGGGAGUAAGACCCACUGAGCCCAAUGAUAUUUAUUUCUGAGGAGGCAGAUGUGUGUUUGUGUGUGUGAUACUUAUUCAUAGAUAUACAGAAAUACAUACCCAUUACAAAGCACUCGUCACGGUCCUUAGUGCACCAGUAACAGUUUAGUCAUGCUGGCCACAUGACCUGGAAAACUGUCUGUAAACAAACGCCGGCUCCCUCAGCCUGAAAGCGAGAUGAGCGUCGCAACCCCAUAGUUGCCUUGGACUGGACUUAACCGUCCACGGGUCCUUUGCCUUUUUACCUUUACCUUAAAAUAACAUACUAAGGUAAGACAGCUACUUAGUCUAAAAAAAGGACCAAGUCAUAAUGAAGAACAAGAAAGAAGACCAGAAAAGGAGAGAGACCUAAGAAAAAGAGAAAUGGAGAGAAAAGGGAAAGACAGGAAGAGCUACCAAAAUAAAGAAAAAAGUAAAGGGACUUCUGGCUCUCUGUCCUGCAGCUACAUAUAAUAUACAUAUAAUAUUACAAGUCUAUUUUGUCUUUCACGCACAAAGUCCAUAAGAAAUUUCCCAUCCUUAGCAAAUGUCAGCAAUUAUUUUUCCGUUGUUAGACAUGUUAACUUCACCAUCUCAGCCAGAUCCAAUGAUUUUAUCAGCCAUUCUUCUAUAGUGGGUACAGUUGUAUCUUUCCGUCUUUAUGCAUAUAGCAGUCUCUCUGAGGAGGCAGAUAUAGAAUUGCACUGUGUAACACACACACACACACACACACACACACACACACACACACACACACAGGUCUUCCUCUUUCAGGCCCCUGUAACUGCCUUCAUACCAACUGACAAACCUGUUCCUCCUUGGAAUUCCGAGCAAGCUCCAGUAUUUACAGUGCUACUGUCAUCACAAAAGGAUCCAUGGGUGAGGCCCAGUGUGGUGAGCUGGUUAGACUAGGAGAGGGGUCAAGCAAACCUUUUGGGCACAUUUGCCAUGAGCACCAGCCACAAAAUGGCUGCCACGGGGGGCAUGACAUAAAGGUUGCCACAUCUUGACAGUGCAGAGAAAGAGGCAGGGUCACCAAAUGGUGUAGGCACCUCCCUCCCUAUCUGCCAGUCCAUCCAUGGCAGGAAAAGCACUUUCAUCAUCCUUCUGCUUUGGUGAUCACUCGUAGCCGAGUAAGAUUGCCUUCCAUGAACAUGGGCUUAACAGUGACUGUGUAGGCCAAUUCUGGAUCCAUACAUCCUGCCACAGUGGGGGCAUAGGUUUCCGGGCAGGAGUUGAUCAUGGUGAGGGUUUGCCAAACGUGCCUUCCUCUUAGCACGUUUCUCCCUUUCGACCUGAAUUCGAGUUUCUUCAAAGUCCAUGUGACACCUUUGGUAAAGGCUGUUCUCCAAUUGGAGCGCUCGCAAUUGUUGGUAUUUAUACUUUAUUAUCCAUCACUGUGUUGGCUUGCAGAGAGAAGCUCUUCUCCUGUCUGUCCAGAACUGAUGGGAGGGUGGGUGUCCAGUCCUGGCAUUCAGUGAAAUACAGGCAUCUUUAAGGGGGUGUAUUCAACAUAGGAGGGUCUAAGCCAGCACAAACAGAGACUGGACAGUAAGAGCAUCUUGUUUUUCGGGGAUUGGUGAGGAGAUAUUUACUGAGUGCCUUUGUGGGCACCAUAGGAGAUAUUGGGGGCACACCGGUGCCCAUGGACACUACACUGGCAACCCCUGGCUUAAUAAGUGCACAAAUUUCUUAUCCAGUCUGCUUUCAUCUCAGUGUGUCUUCUUUCUAAGGUUACCGAGACUCCAGCUGAACUUCAGUCAUGAAGAUCCUUCAUUGCCUCUCUGCUGCCAUCUUACUAUUAUUAUGGACUGUUCAAGGUGAGCCAUGACAGAACAUGUGCCACACCCUACCCCACCCCCCAUGUUCAUGUUCUGAUUUGACUUGGGAUCCAGGAUCCAGCUGGAUCUGGAGCACAGCUCUAAUAUUUGUUUUUAUUGCAUCCUCUAACUCUAUUCCCAGGGCUGUUUGCAGCAACAAUUAAAGCAUACAGUGGUACCUCUAGUUACAGACUCAAUCAGUUCCGGGGUGCCAUUUGCACCCCAAAAAGUGCGUAACUAGAGCGCCGUUUCUGUGCACAUGCACGACGCAAUAGAGCACUUCUGUGCAUGUGCAAAGCUUGCAGAGUGCUUCUGCGCACACAUGAGUGGUGAAACCCGGAAGUAUACACUUCGGGGUUUGCCGCGUUCGCAAGCCGAAAAGACGCAACAUGAACCUAACGCAACACAAAGUAUGACUGUACAUGCAAAAAUGAAAUAUAAUAAAUGGGGAAAGGUACAAAAUUACAAUAGCAGAGAAUAGUCAGUCAGGUUAGAAUCGUGUUAAAAAAUAUCAGGGGAAUAAAUCAUUUAUUUGUUCUAAUAUACUAGGCUAAAUAUAUAGGUUCAUUUUUUCUGUUCUAAAACACAUACUUGUAGAUUCUUAGUAUAUGUUUCUAAGUCCCCCAUGACCACCACAGAAGGUAAGGCUUGCCGUAUGCGUUAUUGGAAAAUUUCCAAGAAGGAUUAAGAAGAAGAAUAGCAAAAAAUGAUGAAAUAAUUGGCCACAGUCUCUGUGUGUUUUAUAGAUAGAUUGUCAGGGAAGGUGGAAGUUGUAGUCAUUAAAAGUUCACCAAUCUUUAGUUGUUUUGCUGUUUUUGGGAGGUAUUGGCCUAGACUUGACCUCCAUUGUUUUCUCCACCUCCUGAUUUGAUUUUCUCCUUAUCGUUCUACAGAAGGCUAUUUACAGAUGUUCUUUUUUUCAAAUUGCAGUCUGGCACCAAUUUCACUGGCAGUCUCUUUCCUUAUUUCCUUACUUCAGGCAUGCCCUUCUAGCAGAUUUGGACACUUCCCUGCUCCCCUGCUUCUGGUCAAAUUCUGCUUCCAGAGAUACCCCAGUAUCCACCAAUAUCAGUCACUGGUAGUGGACCAGACCAAGUUAGGCAAAAGGAAAACACUAGCAUUGAUCUUCUGAGGCAGAUGGUUUAAGUCUAAAUCAAAGUGGGCUGCCAAGGGUUCUCAAGGUUGCUGCAGCCUCACCCAAGGUCGGUGGUUGAAUGCCAUCCAAAAAAUAUAGAGGGCAUCAGGUUGGGGAAAACUACUCCACAUGCUGGAAUCUAAACCAAAGGGUGGUUCAAAUGGCAAAAAGGGAAAGUAGAUUAAGUACAAGGAAGAACUUCCUGAUAGUACAAGCUGUUGAAUGGUGGGACAGAGGGCCUCAGAAGGUUGUUCACUCUCCUUUUUUUAGCAGAGGCUGACUUUAUCAGGGGUGCUUCAUUUUUGGAUGUCCUCCAAAAAUCAGAUCAGCCUUUGCCCAUUUCGUGCCCUUUAAGUGUUUUGGACUCCAACUACAAUUGGCCCCAUCCAAGGGGUUGGCUAGGGAUGAUGGGAGUUGCAAAUACAUGAAAGACACCAGGUUGAUGAAGACUGAACUAGGUGGUCCAGCUCUGUGAUUCUAAACCUUCUGUUGUUGUUUCUACAGAAGACAGCCCUGCAGAUGCCGCACUUCUUACUUGCUCCUCCAUGGGAGGGUACUGCAUUCAGCCAGUCAAUCAGACCUGCCCUUCGGGUCUAUUCCUGGAUGUGCCCUGCCAUUUCAAAAGAGUCUGCUGCGCAAAGAUGGGUGAUUAGCCUUCAUGUGCAUCCUCACCCAUCUCACCUGUUCUUCAAGUUGGCUGCUGGAAGCUCAGCUGCAAUGACUUCUGUCAGCAAGGCCUUCCUCGCCAUUCUGAAGCAACACUUUGGAACAACCAGCAUUGAUUGUUCAGGAAUCCUCACUGAUUGUUCAGACCUCAUCUAAGGUUUUAUUUCAGUCAUAUUUUCAUGUAUCUAUGCUUGGCAAAUAAAGUUCCCCUGUGGAAGGAGGGGCAAAUUU